UGCCAACUUUCACUACAAACUUAAAUGAAUCUUUAAAUUCUUAAUCUAACUAAAAGAUUUAAUUACUGUCCCAAAUUAAAUUACCGAAUUGAUUGUAAUUUUAAUGGCAGAUUGUAUUGUUUGAUUGAGAUUGAUUUGAUUUUUUAAACAAUUUACUUUACGAAAUUAAGAAAAAAUUAUUAAAUUAUCUGAUAAUUUAAUUUUUUCUUUAUGUUAUGAUAAAUAUCAUCGAUCGUUUUAAAAUUUAAUUUGAAUUAAUUCAAGAAAAUAUAAAUUGUGAAUUUAAGGAAUAGACAUAAAUGUGUAAUUUAAUUAAUCUAACUAAGCCUCUUCUAAACUCUAAACUAAAGGGACCUAACUAAUUAACUAAGGCAGAAUAAGUUUUUUUCAAGGCACUCUCUAAAAAUACAACUUGCUUAACUUUAACUGAACAGUUUAACUUUUAACAAUUGGAAGAUCAGAAUAGGAUUAGAAUCUAUCAGCCAAAGACCAAAAAGAUGUCAUUAAAAUGGAACUACGUUGAUGAGAUAGCAAAAGAUGUUCAUGUAGAGAAGCCAGUAGUUGCCAACAUAGUGCAGCUGUUAAAAGAAGAUAAUACAGUGCCAUUCAUUGCCAGGUAUAGGCAAAACUUAACAGGCUGCCUUGAUGCUCAGAAAAUAAGGCAGAUUAAAGAGAAAAUCGAGGAUUUGAAGAAAGUUGAAAAUAAGAUUUCAUCCUCUUUGAAACUGCUUUCAAAAAAUGGAAACCUAAACAAAAGACUUGAAGAGUCUAUUCUGGAAGCCACUGAUAUCGAUGUCAUUGAAAAAUUCAUUGAACCUUUCAAAACUGGUAGUCGAAUCACUAAAGUCCAGAAAGCAAAAAAUUUAGGUUUGGAAUCGGUUGCUUUAAAAAUUUUAUACAAUGAAGAUGUCAAUUUGUGCAGAUUAAUUGAUAAAAAAAUAGAAGGUAUCUCAUCGUUAAAAGAAGUUAAGCAGUCAUUAGUGACAUUAGCAGCUGACAUCAUAUCAAAAGAUUCUGAAAAUGUUGAUAAGGUUCAGAACUGGUGCAAUGAAUCCAACAGGAUAAUGAUUGUUUCAAAGAAGUCAGGAAAUAUCUCUCAGGCAGAAAACGCUAAUCUUUACAAUUUUGAAAAGUAUUUUGACUUCAAACAUUCAAUCAAAGAACUAUAUCCAUUUAUAUUUCUUGCCCUAAAAAGAGGAGAGUCUUUAAAAAUUUUAAAAUUAAGCAUAGAAAUUCCUGACUACAUAAAAACGUUCUACAAAAGCCACUGCAAGAAGAAGUACAAACUCUCAGAUAGACUCAGCGUUGAUAAUGAGCAGCUUCAGUUGUUAGAAGAGAGCAUUCAACUUGCCUACGACAAACAUCUUGAACCUCGCAUGUGCAUUCAGAUAAAAAAUAAAUUAAAGAAGAUAGCAGACCAGGCAUCUAUCGACUCGUUUGCGUCUAAUCUAAAGAAUCUCCUCCUUACACCUCCAGUCAUGAACAAAGUCAUUAUGGGCCUCGAUCCUGGCUUCACUCAUGGCUGCAAAUUUGCAAUCAUCAAUGCACAUGGUGAGGUUUUGGACACUGGAGUGGCAUACCUCCAUGUGGCACAGCACAAGGCUCAAGUCGUAGGAAUGAAUUUAAUUGGAGAUAUGCUACUGAAACAUAAAUGUGAGGUGAUUGCAGUUGGGAAUGGAGUUGGUUGCCGAGAGACAGAAACGUUGCUAUCUCAUCACAUUAAAGUCGGCUCAUUUCAGCCACUAAAUGUUAUGUUCUGCAUAACAUCUGAAUCGGGGGCAUCCAUUUACAGUGCUUCUGACCUUGCCGCAUCUGAGCUACCCACACUGGAUGUUACAAUGCGUGGGGCUGUUUCAAUUGCCAGGAGACUUCAAGACCCACUGACCGAGUUGAUCAAAAUUGAUCCCAAGAACCUCGGUGUAGGCAUGUAUCAGCAUGAUGUUUCUGAAGUGAAAUUGAAGCGUUCCCUUGAAGGUGUCGUUGAGAAUUGUGUUAGUUUCGUUGGGGUCAAUGUCAACCUGUGUUCAUCCAAUUUGCUUCAACACGUUGCUGGCAUUGGACCAAGUUUGGCAGAAAACAUUAUCAAAAAAAGAUUUGAACUAGGAGGCCAAUUUACGAACAGAAAACAAAUUUUGCUGGUUGAUGGCCUCGGUCCAAAAAAAUUUAAACAGCUAGCAGGCUUCCUUAGAAUAUAUGUGCAAUCGAACCAACAAACAUCAGUCCAUCCGGAAUCGUAUGCCAUUGCAGAGCACCUCAUCUUGGAUGCCAGACUUGAUGCAAACAACAUUGGGGAAGAACAUUUUAUCAGCGGAUUCCAAUCAUAUAUCGAUGCCAAAAAUUCAAAGAGCCUAGCAGAGAGUAUGAACGUCGACGUUGAAACAAUAAAUCAGAUAGUGGAAAGUCUGCUGCAAACAACCCAAAGUGACAUAAGAGAUAACUAUGCAAAACCAUUGUUUAGGAAAGAGGUUUUCAGUAUAAAAAGUUUGUUCUUGGGUCAGAGAUUGUGCGGGAGGGUUACGAAUGUUACUGAUUUCGGUGCCUUCGUCGAUAUUGGCGUCGGGAAAGAUGCACUGAUUCAUAAGCCUGGAUCCUUAGUCCUGCUGAAUGAUUGCGUGGAAGUUGAAGUUAUCAAUUUGGACGCCGAUAGGAUGAGGAUAGGAUUGAAGCUCAUUGAGUUAAGAAGAUGAUUUUUUUUCUUUUUCUUUUUUUUUCCACUUCAGUUAUCUGCUGCCUGUAGUGUGGAUUUGUGUGCACUCAUUUUGUUGUUUAUCAACUGGUUUUAUUACAAUUUAUGUAAUUAAAAUUAAUUAUUUUUAAUAAUAUUAUUUGAUAUUAUUUUUGUCGUGAUUAUUGUUUCAAUUUUUAUUAUUGGUGUGUGUGUGAUGUUUGAAAUUUUAGGACAAUUAGACAUCUCGAAUCGGUAUAUGGUGUUUAUAGCAGAUAGUCAGUAUUCAUAAAUUCGUUCAUCUAAUUAUUUCUUCGUUCAUUGAUUCAUUCAUUCUUUCGUUUGUUCAUUCAUUUGUAUCUUAAUUCAUUAAUUAAUCAUUCCGCUGAUAUUUUUUUUUUUAUCACCCUAUAGAGUCUAAAGAGUUUUAUUAAAACAAUUUCAAAUUCAUACCAGACAGAAGAUGUUUAGAAGAAAAAAUACACUUGAAUAAACCCUCUCAUUACCAUCGUCCUUUUUUUUAUUCACAAACUCAUAAGGUCCUUCAUUAUCAAUAUCAUCUUCUCUCAUCACACUUUUUCCACUCAUCGUUUUUCUUCCUCAUCGCAAGCCAUAGUGGCAUAAAACUAUAGAUACAUAAGCAGGUACUUUAUUACGUCUUUGCAUACAAGCAAACAAGGCUUCGCAUCAUUAUUACAUGCACCAUGGAUGAGUAAUUUUUGCGAGUUAUUAUUUCUCUAGUUAUACCCACCAACCUAUGUAUACAACAUCUAUCUUAUUUACUUACUCAACUAUUUUGUUGUUGUUCAUUCAUACCAAUAUAAUGUCAUUCAACAACGAAUUUGACUUUUA